GCGACGGAUUCGUCUCCACCGGGUGCUGGGGAGGCGGCGGCUGCUGCUAGUGCAGCCUUGAGGACAGCCAUGUGCCCACUCCACACUGUUACUUAGAAGACAGCAUUCAGGAGGAGCCACUCUGCCUGGGUCGGCCUGGGGGCGAGCGGCCCCAUCCCCGGGAUGACGGCAGCAGCUGGCCGGGCCAACCCCUACAGCAUUGUGUCGUCGUCGGAGGACGGGCUGCACCUGGCCACCAUGUCGGGCACCAACGGCUUCGGCAACGGCAAGGUUCACACACGGCGCCGGCGCCGAAACCGCUUCGUCAAGAAGAACGGCCAGUGUAACAUCGAGUUCGCCAACAUGGACGAGAAGUCGCAGCGCUACCUGGCCGACAUGUUCACCACCUGCGUGGACAUCCGCUGGCGCUACAUGCUGCUCAUCUUCUCGCUGGCCUUCCUGGCGUCCUGGCUGCUGUUCGGCGUCAUCUUCUGGGUGAUCGCGGUGGCCCACGGCGACGUGGAGCGAGCCGAGGACCGCGGCCGCACGCCCUGCGUGCUGCAGGUGCACGGGUUCACGGCGGCCUUCCUCUUCUCCAUCGAGACGCAGACCACCAUCGGCUACGGCCUGCGCUGUGUGACGGAGGAGUGCCCGGUGGCCGUGUUCAUGGUGGUGGCGCAGUCCAUCGUGGGCUGCAUCAUCGACUCCUUCAUGAUCGGCGCCAUCAUGGCCAAGAUGGCCCGGCCCAAGAAGCGAGCGCAGACCCUGCUGUUCAGCCACCACGCCGUGGUGGCGCUGCGUGACGGCAAGCUGUGCCUCAUGUGGCGUGUGGGCAACCUGCGAAAGAGCCACAUCGUGGAGGCCCAUGUGAGGGCUCAGCUCAUCAAGCCGAGGGUCACCGAGGAGGGCGAGUACAUCCCCCUGGAUCAGAUCGACAUUGACGUGGGCUUUGACAAGGGCCUGGACCGCAUCUUCCUGGUGUCGCCCAUCACCAUCCUGCAUGAGAUCGAUGAGGCUAGCCCGCUGUUUGGCCUCAGCCGGCAGGACCUGGAGACGGACGACUUCGAGAUCGUGGUCAUCCUGGAGGGCAUGGUGGAGGCCACCGCCAUGACCACGCAGGCCCGCAGCUCCUACCUGGCCAGCGAGAUCCUGUGGGGCCACCGCUUCGAGCCCGUGCUCUUCGAGGAGAAGAGCCAGUACAAGAUCGACUACUCCCACUUCCAUAAGACCUACGAGGUGCCCUCCACGCCCCGCUGCAGUGCCAAGGACCUGGUGGGGAACAAGUUCCUGCUGCCCAGCACCAACUCCUUCUGCUACGAGAACGAACUGGCCUUCGCGAGCCACGACGAGGAGGACGAGGCCGACGAGGGCCAGGACGGCAGCAGCCCCCGGGCCCGGCACACCUUGGACAGGCCCCCAGCUGGCGGCAGCGCCCUUGAACAGCGGCCCUACAGGCGGGAGUCGGAGAUCUGAGCUGCUGGUGGCCAAGGGCGGCACCUGCAGCGGAGUCGAGGCCUGCGUCCUGCGAGGUUGAGAGAAAGGGCCGGGUGCCCUGGUUGCAGACUCAGUAGCAUUCUAGGUGUUUUGUUUCUUCAGAGCGGCCUUGGAAGGUGGGCAGGCGAGUGGGUGGCUGGAGCAGGCUGGCCCCUGGCCUCAAGGCCCAGCAGGCCCAGGGGCAGGGGCUCAGUCUGUCCGGAAUGGCUCUGCCCCCUGAGGGCUGCAGGCUGCAGGACACCCCGCUGGUUCUUAACUUGGGGGGAAACAUGGGAUCUUAGCUUGAGUAAGACUGUUUACAAAAAAAUUAACGUGUGAUUAACAUUUUUUAAAAUUCAUGGAGGUACCAAAAAGGGUCGUUGGAAUUCCACUGCUUUGCCAGGAUACCAGCAGCUGGGCGGGGGCUCCAGAAAGCCCCCCAAGGCCUGAGGGUCACAGUGCUCGCCGGGGUCCUUCACCUGCGGUGCUGGGUUAGAUCCCGUGGUGCCAGGAAAACCAAGACCACGUGCGAUCGUGAUGGAAGCUCUCGUGUCAUAGAGGCGGAUGCAAAGCCGGGGGAAGACUAGUUUGAGAUUUUCUAGUUCGACUUUGCACCUUAGAGGUGCUUCUCAGGGUCGGAUAUGAGACCUGCCUGCCAUGGGGGGCUCCCUCUCCCCGGUGCGCUGGGUUCUCCUGGUUUGCUUCUCUCUCCUCUGGCCAGUGGCCUCCAGCUUUCCCUCGUGGGCGUGGAUGGCUCCCUGGGGAGGGAAGCGGGGUCCGAGACCAGGAGGAGCCGGGCCAGCCGGAGGAGGCCCAGCACGAGUUGUGCCUUAGAGACACCAGUGGUCUGGCUGCAGUUUUGUUUCCACGGGACUUCCCUGUGCUCCCCGCUGCCCUGACUGACCACCGAGUCCCUGCCAGCCCCUCUGUGUGCAGAGGCUGGGCUGACUGGUGCCCCCUGAACCUGGGCAGCAUGAGUGAGCCCAGUGGGUGGUGGAGGCCCGGCCUUGGGGAAGGUGUGGGAUUGUCAGCGGGGUAAUCAGGAGUGGCACACGCGUCCAGGGGCCCCGGGCAGGGGAGGUUGGGCUGUGGGCUCUGCCGGUCCAGAAGCAGGCCCCCAGACCAGCACUGCCCAAGGAGGCUUCUUAUUGGCAGAGAAGACAGCUGGUGGGGGCCGGACCCUGGGAGGGAGUUGGCUCCUUCCCAGGACAGCUGAGAUGCAGUCCUCCCAGAUGGCCAGCCCCGAAGGAAGUCCGUAUUAGAAAACUGGCAUCUCCUCAGCUUACCUGCCCAGGCUGCUCCAACCGGUGUCCUCAGGACAGCGCAUCAGAAGGCACCAGGAACGCUGGCCCAUGUGGGGAAACUGAGGCAGAGUGCAAGGUCAUGAGAUAGGGGGUGGGACUCUGGAGACAGGGAGAAGCCAGGGCCUGGGUGGGGUCUCCUGUCUCUUCCCUCCCCCUCCGCCCCCCACAGCUGGAGGCCUGACCUGUGGAGGGCCCGGAGGGCUAUCAGCUCCCUCCCAGAGAUGCCCGGCAGCCCCUGCCCUGAGGUAGGCCCGAGUCCCGAGACCCUGUCCUAGCCUCAGACCUCACCCCAGCUGGUGGCCAAGGAAGUUCAGCCUGAGGCGCUGGGGCGGGUCUCCUCUCUGCCCUGGCCUCCCUGCCUGGAGCCUCAGCCUGGGGAUGGGGAUGGAGCUGAUGUUGCCGGCCCACCAGCUUACCUACCAACCCUGUCCCAGGUGGUCAGGCUGACCCAGGGGGAGUGAGGUGGCCCCAGGGAGCUGGGUGGCCCGGGCUGGUGUCCAGUCUGCCCAGAGACCCUCCAGGGCUGGUGGCCGGCCCUCCACUCAGUCCACCCAGAGCAGAGCCCGGAGCCCAGAACCUUACGGCCCUGGUGGUCUGGGUGGUCAGGUGCACCUCCUCUCAGGCCUGGCGCACCCCGACAGCCGGUCCCCAGGUCCUGUGGGAGAGCGGCCCCAAGCUGCCUUUCAUCUCUCGCCAAAGGCAGAUGCUGUGCUGCUCCUCUGCCCUUCCCUCUCCCCUGUGUUUAUUUAUUUAUUGCUUGUGCUGAAGACCAAAAUAGUCUCCCUCUGUAAUGCACUCGAAACUGGAGCGUGACAGGAGGAGCAGCUGUGUGGCCAGCGAGGGUCACCCGGCGGCCGCGGAGUGAGGGCCCAUGUGUGGCAUGUGCAGAGCGUGUUUCUCACACGAGUGGCAAAUGCACGUGCACGUGUGUGUGUGUGUACGUGGUGUGUAGUCUGCUGAGCAGGCGUGUGCUCCACAGCGCUCCUGCCCUGGCCCUCCUGGCAGUGGGAUUUGCCUGAGCCAGGAGGUCCAGAGGUUGGAGUGGGCUGAGGACGAGGCCUCUGCAUUCUCCUCCCCCAGACACAGGGCCAUGCGAGCAGAAGUGUGUGUGACUGAGCAUGAGCACGAGUGUGUGGCUUCACGUGGAACUGUCUCAUCUGUUUGGACGUGGAUUCAUUGUACAUGGGACUGUUGUACAGAUGUGUGCACAUGUCUGUGAGUGAAUCUAGGAUGAUACAAUGGACACGUGAUAUGUAUGUGUGCAGGUAGAUACACACACAGGCAUAGUUAUAUGUACACUGACCUGUAGGUGUGUUUGUGUGCCUGUUUUACAUGUGGGCAUCAGUUUGAAUUUUCACCAGGCCCUAAGGCUGGGCAUGCACCACCCAGGAUGGACCCCGGCCAAGGACAUCCGCACAGCUGAACUCAGUCGCCCACUGGCCCUUUGCCCUGAUUCUGUCCAUGUGGGCUGUGUGGACUGUGUGUGCCAGGGUGAGGCUUUUGUAUGCCUGGGUGUGAGGUGGUAUCUACACAUGUAUGUGUGUCCAGCAGUGAGCGAUGUGUGCAGGAAGCCAUGUGUCCCUCUGAACGUGUACACGUGCAUGGGGUGCGUUUGUGUGGCAGCUGUGCCAGGCUUUGAGCAGGGCUGGUGCCUGCCUGCAGGGGGCAGUGUGCACGUGUGUGCAAGACUGUCGGGGUGGUGUGCCAUGUGCGUGCUUGCACACAGCCCUCUGGGCUCCG